AAGUGGAACUCCGUCUCCCAAGAGGACGUUGACGACUCGGUCGCCUGCCAUCAGAGGAAGCAGAGACCGGUUCACUGGAGAGUCCUACACUGUGUUAGGUGAUACCAUUAUGGACUGUGGUCAACACUACUGGGAGGUGAAAGCCCUUAAAGAUUGUAAGUCCUACAGUGUUGGGGUCUCCUACAGGAACCUGGGAAAGUUUGACCAGCUGGGUAAGACCAACACAACCUGGUGUAUCCACAUCAACAACUGGCUGCAGCCCUCCUUCGCUGCCAAGCACAACAACAAGGCCAAGAGCCUGGACGGCACCGCGCCUGGACGCAUCGGGGUCUUCUGUGACCUGGACUCAGGACAACUGUCCUUCUACAAUGCUGAAACUAAGCAGUUGAUCCACACGUUCAAGGCUAAGUUUAGCCAACCUGUUGUACCAGCCUUCAUGGUUUGGUGUGGUGGACUGAGCCUCAGUACACAGGGAUGCAGGUCCGAGUGCAGUCAAGAGUUUCCAGAAGAACGAGAACGCCUGGGAGGUUCCAACAGCAGCCUCAACAGUGUGGCCCAGUAG